AUGAGUGUAUUAAAUAGGGAACAGGAGUUGUCAUUGCUUAACAUCAUAUGCUAUUAUAAACCGAUAGGAGAACAUAAGGAAUCAUGCUUUGGGAGUAUAGUAGAGAAAUUGAAUGAAAGAUAUCCUGGGAAAGGAUUUGACAAAAAGGAGAUAGUGAAGUCAUUAGAGAAGUACUAUGAUUUGGAAGGAAUAGAGGCAUUGGAUAAAGAGGAUAUUACAAUCGAUGAAGAAAAGAAGAAGGAGGAGAGUAUAUCGGGUAGAAUAGCGAAGAGAUCAGGGGAGGGGGAGGGAGAAGGCAAGGAUGAAGCAAAUGUCAAGGGGGAAGGCAAGGAGGAAGGAGAAGUCAAGGAGGAAGGCAAGGAAAAAGGAGAAGCAAAAAACAAGGAGCAUGCGAAAGACAUGGAGGAGGGAGAAGACAAGGAUGGGGGAGAAGACAAAGAAAUCAUUGGAAUGAGAAGAAGAACAAGAAGUGGAAGAGAUAGAGAAAGAAAUGUUGGAGCCGAGAAAAGAGGAAGAUCGAGAACACCAAGAACUAGAGGAAAUAGUCCGAAUACAAGCAAAGAAAUGUCUGCAAAUCAAGAAGUAGAAGAAGAUAUUGCUGGUCGACUUAGAAAAAGAAGGAAGACCACUAGCGCAGAAAAGCCUACUAGCGCAGAAAAGCCCACUAGCGAAGAAAAGCCUACUAGCGAAGAAAAGACUACUGGCGAAGAAAAGACCACUGGCGAAGAAAAGACUACUAGCGAAGAAAAGCCCAGAUCCCGAGGACCCAGCGAAGCCGACGAUGGACCAGCAAGGAGAACGAGAAAACAUGUUCAAAAAGAAACGGCAGAUUCGAUAUCACAGCGAGGAAGACAUAGAAGGAAAUCCCUGAGACUAGAGGAAGCCGAGGAUGCUGAAAGAGAGAAGGAAGAAGAAACAAAUACUCGACGGCUACGAACGAGAAGAAACCGAAGUUCGAAUCCGGGGUCGAGUUCUAGUGCGGGAUCUGGAGCCAAUUCAGGAUCAAACUCGGGAUCAGUGUUAGUUACAGGUUCAGAAGUUGCUCCUAAAACGAGAAGUCAAACGAGACACAGCCAGAAGAAAUAA